CUAUGCGCCAUCGGGAUGGGCGGGCCGUGGGCGGUAGGGGAAGACGGGUUCUGCCAGCGCGUGUGUGGAAGUGCGUGGUCUUCGGUCGGGUCGGUGGGCAGCACCUUUGGCUUUUGAGCAGUAUUCAGCAUGAUAACCCCAGCGUUUGAACUGAGUCAGGAUCCAGAUUUUCUUACAAUAACAAUCAAAGUACCAUAUGCACGAGUUUCAGAGUUUGAGGUCUAUUUCGAAGGGAAGGAGUUCAAGUUUUAUGCGAAACCAUACUUUCUCAGAUUGGCUCUUCCAGGAAGAAUUGUAGAGGAUGGAAGAGAGAAAGCAUCGUAUGACGACACAGGGGUUUUUACAAUCUAUCUUCCCAAGGAAGUUCCCGGAGAGAAUUUUGAUGGGCUAGACAUGUUGACAGCUCUGUUAGCACCAAAGAAAUCCAGAUCUGCAAAGCCUUUAGUCGAAGAGAUGGGUGCUGAAAAUCAAGAAGAGGAGGAGGAGGAGGAGGAAGAAGAAGAAGAAUUUGACUGGGAAAUUGAACAGACUCCUUAUGUGGAAAGCAAAGACAGCCCCUUAUGUUCACCUUGCACCUAUGGAUUUGGAAAUCUGAAAUCGGGAGUUUUCAGACGCCUUCAGGAUGAACUUAAUGAUGUUAUCGAUAUCAAAAAUCCAGACGUGACCCCUGCAGCUGAACGCAGAGAGAAAAGGCUGGCAGCAGAAGAUGCCAAAUUCGAUCCUGACCAUUACCUUGCUGACUUCUUUGAAGAUGAGACUAUUCACCAUCUGUUGAAAUAUGAGCCUUGGUGGGUUAAAGCCUCUAGAAAGAAGAUGGAUUCCCAAGAAAGUCAUCCUUUGAAUGAGAGCAGACAGGCAGUAAUUGUUUCCUUUACGGAAGAUGAGAAAGAGCAGCUAAGAAAAUUCACCAACAGAACUUUCCUGCUUGAUAAAAGAACUUGUCAUCAAGUAUAUCUGAGCUUAGUUGAUAUACUUCUGGCUUAUUGCUAUGAAGUCUGUGCCACUGAAGGAGAGAAGAAUGUUGAGUCUCCAUGGAACAUACGAAAGCUGAGUUCAACUCUGUGCUGGCUGGAGAGUUUUACUAGCAUUUCGGAAGUUCUGAUGUCCUUUGGGAGAAGAGUUAUGUGUUAUCCACUCUACCGACACUUCAGCUUAGUGACUCGGGCCUUAAAUGACACCAUUACGAUAUUACAACUUGGCAAAAGUGCAGUUCUGAAGUGUCUGUUAGAUAUUCACAAGAUUUUUCGAGAAAAUGAUCCUGCAUAUAUUCUUAAUGACCUUUAUAUCACAGAUUACUGCGUUUGGAUUCAAAAAGCCAAGUCAAAGAAGUUGGCAGCCCUUGCCGAAUGCGUGCAGAAAGCAGAGCUGAGCAAGGCCAAAUUAGGUUUCGAGCUUGACGAGCUGGAAGCAGCGGCCCUUCUCGUGCAAGAGGAAGAAAAGGAGUUAAAAGCUGCUGGCACAGACGUCUCCAAGCCGCAGCUGCCUCCCUCCGAAGGAGCUGCUGCGAGUGACUCUGAAGACUCAAGCAGCACUUCAUCAUAUGAGACAGGAGACUCCGAUUCAGAUGAACAAGAGUCCUCAGCCAGCGAAGAUGGGGAAAUAAAUCCUUUACAAAGCACACUCCAAGAGGAGAGGACAGCCCUGCUUAUUGACUGUAAUGGAUUAAGGCGAGACAUAGGCACUUUGACGUUAGAUGCUAGUAAUGAAAAAUCAAAGGCUCCUUUGCAAUCUACAUCUGUUCCCGGGAAACUGAUAGAGGAAUUAGGGAAGCAAAUGCAGGCGGCAAUUAGGCUUACGGAGCAGCCUGAAGGUUCGCCUUCUGUAAGUGGCGGCAGCAGCAGCACUUCAGAAGAGACAGGAACAAGCUGCACGGCUCAGCCUCAAGGACUUUCGCCGGAUCGUAAUGGAAAGAGACAUUUCUUAGAGGUGACUCCAAAGCCCAGCGCUCUUCUGCUUCUUGGCAGCACAAAUGAAGCUUCUUAAGGAAAUGUGGACGGGGUGGGCUAGGGGGUUGUGGGUUUUUGCAGUGCUAGCUGUUGUGGUUCAUUUUAACAGCCAAAGGCCACUUCAGCAAAUAUUCCUCUGCCAAAUACCAGUGAUGCAUGCAAAUAAAACAAGACUGCCUAUUCUCUGGAGUUAGUUUUGAAGUGGCAUCAUUCAAGGUUAGUAGUAUUACAAAAGGUAUGAUCAAACAUCAGUGAAGCUUGCUGAUUUGUAUUCUGCAGAUCGCUUAUAGUUCAAAUCUAUAUUUAAAUGUUGUAUUUCAUUAUCAUGGUUCCUAGCUCCUAAAUUUUCCACUCGGGAUAUUGCUGUCCUUAUUUCAAUUUAACCAUUUUGAAGUGAACAUUGUACAGCAACUAGCAGUAGGCUUGGUCAUUACAGGCACUCGCAUCUAAUAAGAUGUGCUUCAGUAGUAGUUGCAUGUUCGAUAUCGUCAAUGCCAGUGCUGCCUGAUCCUGUACUUUCUCACAACUUAUUGGGACUUAUUGCCAGGUAAGAGUACAUAGGAUUGUUCUCAUCUUUAAAAAAAAAUAAUCUGCGAUACAUGGCUGUGUAUGCUGUUUUUUCUUUCUUUUUUGAACAUGUACAUGGUCAGAAUAUAUUUUACCUUUUAAGUAUGAACAUCUGAUUUCAGAUUAUCUGUACUCCAGCUGGCUGCUAACAUGUGAUUGGGAUGGAGGAAAGGUGGGUUUAUGGUUGGUGCUGGUCCGAAAGGAACAAAACAUUCUUUUUAGCUGUAACUCUUAACAGCAGCUCACCAAAAGAUGCACCACCAUUCAAUGACGGAGCUAAGUAUAUAUUGUGUUUUUCUGCCUUUUAGACUUUUGCCUGAACUACCAACUUAUCCUCUUGCUUCGCUCUUGGGUAGCUAAGCUUCAUUAACUAAUUGUAGGCAGAGCUGUAUGUGUCUUCUGCAUCCCUGUCCGAAUGGUAUGCACAUCUCUUGAACUCGGCAUCCUGAAUUCCACAGAAUCCUUUCUUUGACAAUAUGUUGCCACUGUGGUGGGCAGAGGCAGAAUAAAUUCCCCAGACUAUGCUAGUACAUUUUCACAUGCUUGAAUUGUUGUGCAGAUUUGAAAAGAAGUAUGUGUCUGUGUAUAUGAUACAUACAUCCCAGCUCUGCGGCGCUCCAAAGAAAUCUAUAUUGCAAAAGUUUAUAGUGUCCCAUUCUUCACACUUGCACUUCUGUUUUGUGGCUGCCAGCUGGGGAAGGGAGCCUGCCUGUUCCGUUCUCAGAACAGCUCUGUUUCUCUCUGAGAACUGGACAGCUUCUGUGUUUGCGAAAGCAAUCUCUUUAUUCUGUCCAAAGCAUUGUCUUGCCUCCUGUGUAGGUUACUCCAUUCUAACUUCAUUCUGGCAGAGCUGGAGCCUGACCUCUCCACCUUUUCUUUUCUCUACCCUGCCCACCAAAUGCUCAGGAAAUUUCAGUAAGCGGAGAUAAAAUCCCGCUUCCCCUUUAAGUGUUGGGAAUACGUGGAAUGCAAGAACUAGUGUUCAAUGAUACCCUUCAAUUCAGCCUAGGUGAUGCACAACAUAAGGUUGCCUCUGAAAAUGACACCCUCUGUCAAGUGUGUUCCCCCACCACAAUGACCAGCACAACAAUGACCUGUGCUGUGACAUCAUUGUGCACAUUCCUGCAUCCCUGUCGGUGGCAGCCAUGUGGAGUGGGAAAAGACUGUGGUGAUGUUACAACACAGCCAAGUGUUUCUAAAUGUUGUGAGAGGAAAGGGAGGAACCUCUGUGUGGGGAUGCAGCUUUCAGUGGCACAGGAUGCCUGUAGCAUGUGUUUCAACCUUCUGACGUUGUUAAGAAAGAGGAAAUGCCUCGCUACACCCCACCAGCUAGAAGGCAGUGCCUCACAUUUGCCUCCUCCCCCCACCAUUGGGAAGUCUGUGUUCCUGAUAUUUUUGUUGCCGGCAUUCUAAUCUUGCAGGUAUCUCUUCCUGCCCUGCUAUAGCCCCUGUUCUGUUCAGCCAUCUUUAUACCUGCCAAAUGAACAAGCAAGGUUGGCUGUGGUGCUUUCACCAGCCAAAGCCAACAAGGGAAAAGGCCCAACUGUUUCCAAAACGGUGGCUACAAUAAUCUAUUGCAGAUGUGUUUUGAGUUCAGUCAUCUGUAUUUUUUUAUUAUUAUUAUUUUAUGUUCAGCCAGCCACCCUCUCUCCCAGUGCUUUAACUGUCGCACUUGAAAGCUGUUGCACUUUUGUAUUGUAUUGUUGGUGUAUAAAUUUGUUAAACAAAAAGGGUCCCCCUCACGCAUCUUCCUUACAGUGUCAUUCCCCAUGCUUCGCUUUGUGAGGGAGGGAGUGUGCUAUUUUAGAUCACUUCUCCUACGAUAGAUAAAUCAUAUCCAUUCAGGUACUCAAAUUCAUAUAUACACUUCGGACAGCUGCAUACUUUCCAUAGCUGAUGCAUUACAGUAUGUUCCUCUGUUGUUUACCUUAGUAAAACUUGCAAACUUUGAAGGAGGAUGCACGCACCCAAACCUGUGUCUUCCUGAUACAUCUCUUCUUCAUGCUUCUUUGUGGAGAAGCCAGCUCUGCUGCGACCUGUGUUUGAAGUGUGAAGCUGCUCUGUUCUGUUCCAUAUGGAAAGUGACCGCCUUCUGUGUGUCCCGUUACAGUAUCUGGACCUAUUUUAACCAUGCUGUCCAUAUUCUAACAGCAAAGCUUAUUUGGAGAGGUUUUUCCUUUACUUGGAACUCUGUCCAACUGAAGGCUUUUCAGAACCUCAGCAUCUUUUGCAAACAUUGCAAGAGUUUUUCUCUUUGAGAGGUCGUUUAGGAGCCCAGGUUAAGUCGGUGGUUAGAGCUUCUGCCUCAUGUUAAUAAAUGCUAACUGACGGUU